CUCCUAGGACCUGCCCUGCCGUGCUCGCAAAGAGUUUAAGCCACAUUGUUCACGCACACUUGCAACGAUGGUACCGACACUUAUCGCGCAAUCAUCUGCAUCUACGUCAUUGAUUAGUUGCAGUCCCCGCUGCAUAACCUCGCAGCAGCUGGUGAGCGCGAUCGGUGCCCAAGCUCGCUGCCUCUCUCUUCAGGGAAUCGAUAGUCGAAGGGCGCGGGGAGCGCGGUCUCGUGUUGCCGUUGCGGCAGUUCGUUGCGGCGCGCCAUCGACCGGUAGUGUGCAACAACAACGCACCAGAGAGGCAAUGUGUGGCAGCGGUGGCAGCCCAUGGCGCCAUGCGAUGUCGCUAGCUGUUGCAGGGGGACUAAGUCUACAGCUGCUGCUGGCGCCCGCCUCCCUGGCGGUAUUGGCGCCCUCGCAGCCCGACAUCGACACCUUUGAGAACGUGCCCACCCAGCUCAGCGCGCAGGGCGAGGUCAAGGACGUGCCGCUGAGCAGUGUUGUCAGCGGGCCCAAGAAGAAGGAGAUCGAGGGCUGCACACGCAAAUGUGUGCCCACCUGCGCACGUGGAGGAGACGGCGCCCCCGGGCUGGGCCCCAUAUCAGUGCGCAAGGAGAUAGUGGUGUUCAAGGAGGGCUUCAGGUCGCGGCAGUACUGCCUGAGCGAGUGCGCGCAGGUGUGUGCGCUGUCGUACGACCGGGACAAGGCCACACUGCUGGCGCCGCAGAUUGAGGCGGCGGCGGCCAAGGCGGGGCUCUCCACGUCCACAGCAGCGCCCGCCGCACAGCAAGCCCCGGGGCAGCAGGGCCAGAGCCGCCGGUAGGCGUGCCUGGAGGCAAGCAGGGGCUGGGGCUGAUAGCUGCCCGCCGGCAGGUGUCGGGGGUGAAGCUUGGAGCUUGUGCAUGGAGAAGGGGUUGGAGGCCGAGCAAAGUACGGUAGUUAGGCGAAGAUGCUGUCAGUCCGGGUGGCGCACUCGCGCGCACUCUGGGCGGCGCUUGUGACACCAGAAGGCCUCGUGAUAAGUGGCUGGACAGGUUUGCAGAUAGUGAUUGUUAUGUUGCACCGCGAGUAUGGCGCGGCCGACUACUGGAAGAUGUAGUCAAGCUGGGCAGGGCUUGGGGCCGCGACCGAACCGUGGUGCGGGGAUUCGUCACCCGGGUGCCACUCGGGCAAGUCCCUUGGGACUGCGUGAGUCCAAGACCGCAGACCACUAAACUGGCAUCAUGUGACAUAUAUAAUAGUC